AUGGGGAGCAGGAAUGAUCAUGAGGUUGGUGAGGAGGAAAAUCUUGAAGUAUAUGAUGAUGAUAGGCAGGAGGAUCAGUUUGAGUAUGAAGGUACUGAACAUUUUGAUUCAGGAGUUUAUUGGGAUGAAGAACGUAUAUUUAAUGACAAUGCUGAAGGUCAUUUGGGUGAACAAGAAGAGCAUCUUGGUAAUCAAUCAGAUUCUGAAAAUGAGGAGCAGGUAGUUGUCAGAAUAUCACCAACAGCAGCGGAUAUGGUUAUCUCCAGUGAUGAAGAGGAAGGAUAUAUUUCGGAAGAGUUAGUGGACAAGUGUAUUUCUGAUGACGACAAAGGUGAAGAGGAGAAGGCAAAGUACCCCGAGUUUGAUGAGAAGGCCAUAUUUGAGGACAUUCAAUUACAGUUAAACAUGUUAUUCCCAAACUUGACUGUGUUCAAGAAAGCUGUGACAGAUUAUAAUAUUGCAAUAGGAAGGGUGUUCAAGUUUGUGAAGAAUGAUAAUGAAAGGGUUAGGGCAAAGUGUAGAUCAGAAGGGUGCAAAUGGGAGAUCUUCUGUUCUUGGAGUAAUGAUGUGAAAACUUUCAAAAUAAAGAAGUUCGUGGAGCCACAUACUUGUGCUCGAGGGUUCAAAAACAAGCAAGCUAAUAAGAAGUGGUUGGCUGCUCAACUUGUUGAUGAAUUAAGAUCAUACCCGACAAUGUCAGCACAUGAUGCUUUUGAGUGGUUUAAAAGGUGUAGAGGUAUUCAUGUAGAUGACUAUCAGAUAUACAGAGCAAUGAAGUUGGCGAGAAAAAUUGGGUUUAAAGCAGGAUGCAGGCCCUUGAUUGGGCUAGAUGGGUGUUUUCUGAAGGGAUAUUACGGAGGACAGUUACUGUCUGCUGUUGCUCAAGAUGGCAAUCAACAUUUUUAUGUGAUUUCAGUAGCUGUUGUUGGGCAAGAAAGUAGGGAUACAUGGAGUUGGUUUUUGACAAAUUUGCUUGGUGAUAUUGGACAGUACAGUGACAAUGGGUGGAACUUUAUAUCAAAUCAACAAAAGGGUUUGAAAUUGGCUUUGGAGGAAUUAUGUCCUGGUGCUCCACAUAGAAAUUGUGUAUUGCACAUAUGGAGGAACUUCUACAGCAACUUCAAGAACAUGGACCUAACCAAGCAAUUGUGGAAAUGUGCAAGAAGUACCACAAUGGUGGAAUUUGAACAUAAUAUGAUGGUAAUGAAGAGAAUGAAUGAGGCUGCAUGGGCAUGGCUGAAGAGAUUUAAUCCCGACGCUUGGACGAAAGCUGGAUUUAGUGAUUAUCCAAAGAAUGAUAAUCUACUAAAUAAUACUUGUGAGCAGUUUAACUCGAAGAUUGUGAAGUUCAGAGGUAAACCAAUCAUUACGAUGCUUGAAGAGAUUAGAUGUUAUUUGAUGGGGAAGAUGAAUAAGCACAGAGUGAGGGCAAAUAGCUUUGUGGGUCCAAUUUGUCCAGUAGCGCAGAGUAGGCUAGAGAAGUCUAGAAAAGACAGUUCAUAUUGGACCCCUGAAUGGGUUGGUGAUGCUGAUGGUUACAAAUUUCAAGUAUGGAAAAGGCCCCAAUGUAAGGUGGUAGAUUUAGGUGCUGCAACUUGCAGUUGUAGAAUGUGGCAGUUAACUGGGAUACCAUGUGCACAUGCUAUUGCUUGCAUGGCUUACAAUAAUUUGGAGCCCGAGAAGUAUGUUCACUCAUGGUAUUCAACUGAACGAUGGAGAGCCACUUAUGUCCCUUACAUUGAACCAAUUACCGGUGAAAGUGACUGGCACCGCACUGAACUACCACCAAUUAAACCACCAGCAUUUAAAAGACCGUCUGGAAGGCCUAAGCAAAGGAGAAGGCAAUCUGAGGGUGAGGCAAGUACUUCUAGCAACUCCUCCAAGGCAACAAGAAAGUAUGGUGAGAUUCACUGUUCUAGAUGUGGAAAGACUGGGCACAACAUUAGACGAUGUAUGAAUGAAGCCACUAAUGAUGCUCCAGAUAAGAGGGGAAACAGAAGAACAUCCAGAGGUCCUAAUGCAUCUGAUGCACAGGUUGAAGCCCCCUCAGGCCCUUCAAGGCCUAUUAUAGGUUCUCAAGACUCCAUCAUUCUCGGGCCUAGCGUACCUGUUUCAGUGGGAUCCAUUCGAUCAGCUUCACAUUCCUCUGCUCAGGUUGAUUGA